AUGUGUGCGAUUUUUACAGAAAGUGACGAUGUCAAACGUGUAAUUGUUCAACAAGACGGUGUAUCCUCAUUGAUUCAAUGUGGAGUACAUGAUCAUUAUUCUCCAAUAAUUAAACGUUUAGCUCUAGAUAUAUUACAUUUAAUGGCAUUUAACGCAGGGGUAGCUACAUUAAUGCGAAAAGAUCGAAAUUUUAUUAAACAUCUGGAAUCUCUUCAAAACUCGAAUGAUCAUGUAGUGUCAAAUGUGGCUGUAGGCAUCAUUUUUAAAGUAAUAAAAGAAAACUUAAUACUCGGUAUUCAGAUGGAUGAAGAUGAUGUCGACGAAUCUCCAAACGAUCCUCCAUCAAUAGUUCCAUCUGCUCCAAUAGCUCCACAACGACCACCAUCGUCACUGAUGAUUUAUCCACCUCUUCCAGGAAGAGAGUCACCACCACCAUACGAUUCUACGCAACCAAAUACAAGCCAACGACGACCGUCUAUUAGACCAUUGUCUCCUCAGCACCACUGCCACCUAUACCGCGUACACCGGCAACAUUAA